AUGGAUUUCCCACGCCCCCUUUCCAUUCAUGCUCCCUUCCCCUAUCCGACAAACACCACCAAGACCACUCCCAUCGUCACCAUGGCCUCCAUUCCCACACCUGCGCCCUCUCCUCCCCCAUCCACCAAGGGCACCAACACCACCACCACCAACACCACCACCACCACAGCCCAAGACACCCUCCAGCCAUGGAUCGAAACCCCCCUCAUCUACUCGGCCCAAAUGUCCCGCAACGCCGGGUGCAAUAUCUACCUCAAGCUAGAGAACGUCCAACCCUCUGGGUCGUUCAAGUCCCGCGGAAUUGGCAACAUGAUGCUCGAAGCCUCCCAGUCCACCCCCCCAACAACAAAAACCCACUUCCUCUGCUCCUCCGGCGGCAACGCCGGCCUGGCCUGCGCAACCACCUCCCUCUCCCUCCCCAACAGCACCGCCACCAUCGUCGUCCCGCUCUCCACCUCCCCCUUCAUGGUCCAAAAGCUCAAAGACGCCGGCGCCCAAGUCGUACAGAAAGGUCAGUCCUGGAUCGAAGCCGACACUUUUCUCCGCGAGGAACUUCUCGCCAACGACACCCCCGGUGUGGAGAAUGUUUACGUCCCCCCGUUUGAUCACCCUGCCAUCUGGCGUGGGGCUUCUACCUUGAUUGAUGAGGUGGUUAGGCAAAUGCCAGAAGGACAAAAAAUGGAUGCGGUGGUUUGUAAUGUUGGAGGGGGCGGGUUGGCGAACGGUGUCUGCGAGGGCGUUUACAAGCAUGGGUUGGAGGAAGGGGUCAAGGUUGUGGCGCUUGAGACCGAGGGGGCGGAUUCGUUGUUUCAGAGCACGCUCAAGGGGGAGUUGGUCACGCUGGAGGGGAUUACGAGUUUGGCCACGAGCUUGGGCGCUAGGACGGUCAGUGAAAGGACGUGGGAGUGGUAUCGGCAGAUGAAGGGGGGGUUUGUCUCGGGGGUCGUGACGGAUAAGGAGGCUGCGGAGGCGUGUGUUAGGUUUUUGGAUGAGGGACGGGUGAUGGUGGAGUUGAGCUGUGGGGCGACGCUGGCGGGGGUGUAUAAGGAUCAGGGGAGGUGGUUGAGGGAGCAGGUUGGGAAGGGGGUGUCGGAUGAAGAGUGGAAGGGGAAGAACGUGGUUGUUGUUGUUUGUGGGGGGAGUAACGUGAGUUGGGAGAUUUUGGAGGGGUAUAAGAAGACUUUUGGGUUUUGA